AUGUCUAGCUCCGACGAAGGCGAGAUCAGGGAAAACGGAGUUGAGGUUUCCAAGGCAACUCCACUGCCUCAGACUAAGAGAAACGGUGUUGACCGUCAGGACAGAAGCCAAAUCAGUAACACCCGCUCUCCCGAUCAAGGCGACUAUCGUUCUCGACAGCCCCGUUCGCCCCGUGGCUACAAGAGAUCCCGCGACGAUGACCGCGAUACGUACCACAAAGGGGGCAGAGGCGGUUCCGAUCCACGACAUUUCAGGGUCCACUACGAGGACGGCCCGCCACCCCGUAGCCGACACGCGUACGAGGAUUUAGACCGUCCGGCGUCUCGGGGACGUUAUGAGACUAUGGAUCGUCCAUCCGGUCACCGCCAAUAUGACUCAAGAGAUCGUCCUUCCGGCGCCUCUCGAUACGACAACCGCGAUCGCGACUAUGGGCGGGCUGACAAGCGACCCCGGACCCGGAGCCCAUCCCCUUACAGGCACAAUCGAGGCGAUGGAAGGGACAGGCAUCAGCGGGGCAAAUGGGAUGUUGACAGCCCUGGCCGGAAUCGCCCAGGCGAGCAGAUUGAAAAUACCAGGAACGGUGCACAAACUGCUAAGCAAGUACGGGAUGACACCGCAUCUAAGCGGUCCCCUGAGGCUGGAGCCAAAUCUCUUUCUAAAGAAGAUGCUAAAUUUGAUCAAGGUGCUACGGAUGAGCGCAUGGCUGAGGGUACAUCGCAUCUGCACAUAAAGUACGGCACCACUCUCCACCAAUUUGUGGGGCAGCAGCUAACAUUGAGCAGUGACUCUCAGGGUGCUGCCAAGGAGUCGAGGCCAGAGCCAGACCAAGAUUGGGAUGCACCAACCCCUCUCGACGAAGAAGCCGAAAUUGAGCGGCGAAGACGUCGCCGGGAAGCGCUCCUUAGAAAGUCUCGCGCCUCGACCCCUUUGCUUGUCCAGGCUGUCCAGGCUAACAAACAUGACCACACUGUCGAGACACCUUCCGAAGCGGCCACGCCGCAGAAGACGCCUAGGACCCCUGCUUCCGGUGCGGCUUCGCCUGCCGGACGCACCCAGGGAAGCCUGUCCCCAGAGGCUCUUGCUGUCGCAAAUGACCGGGAGCUCAUCAACACCCAUGGAGACGUCAAGGCUACCGAUGAAGAUGGGCCCUCGGCCGCAGACUACGAUCCAACUAUCGAUAUGUGGGAGGACGAGCGCCGGGAUGAGAUGCGCAAUGGCACCAUCGGUCUGCACGGCGAGGGUCACCGCGAGUCCGUGGAUGCACCAGGCAAAGAUGAGCCGAUGCAGACAACUGAAGCUGAGAAUGCAGAUGACGAAGACUUUGACAUGUUCGCAGAAGACUUCGACGAGGAGAAGCUCGCUGCGCCAAAGUCAGCGCCCAAGGCUAAGGCUCCUACUGAAGAUCCGACCGCUUUGCAAGCGGGCAAGGGCGGAGGCAUCUUAGAGGAUGACGACAAAGAUGGUUAUUACAAGAUACGGCCGAGCGAGAUCUUGAACGGUCGCUAUCAAAUCCAGUCAAGCCUUGGGAAGGGUAUGUUCUCGGGUGUCGCCAGGGCCGUUGACAUUACAACCAAGAAGCUGGUUGCGAUCAAGAUUAUGAGGAACAAUGAUGCAUUGAAGAAGGGUGGCUUCACCGAAAUCGCCAUCCUUCAGAAACUCAACUCGGCUGAUCCGGAGAACAAGAAGCACAUCGUCAAGUUUGAGCGCUCAUUCGAGCACAAGGGCCAUCUCUGCAUGGCGUUUGAGAAUCUCAGCUUGAAUUUGAGAGAGGUGCUGAAGAAGUUCGGCAACAACGUUGGCAUCAAUCUCCAUGCGACGAAGGCAUAUGCCUAUCAGAUCUUCUUGGCACUGGCGCACAUGCGAAAAUGCAGCAUCAUCCACGCGGAUUUGAAGCCUGACAAUAUUCUGGUCAACGAGCAGCGGAAUGUCCUCAAAAUCUGCGACCUGGGUACGGCCAUCGAUCGAACUGAUGCGGCGACAGCACACAACGAGAUCACGCCGUACCUCGUUAGUAGAUUUUACCGGGCUCCCGAGAUUAUUCUUGGAAUGCCAAAUGACUACGCCAUCGACAUGUGGUCCAUUGGCUGCACACUGUACGAACUCUACACUGGCAAGAUUCUAUUUACAGGUGACAGCAACAACCAGAUGCUCCGGGCCAUCAUCGAGAUCAGGGGCAAAUUCAGCGCCAAGCUCUAUCGCCGGGGUCAGCUCUGGCAAAUGCACUUCGACGACAUAGGUAACUUUGUCAGUCAGGAGAGGGAUAAGGUCUUGGGAAAGACCAAUAUCAGAAUCUUGCCUGUGGUGAAGCCCACACGGGACCUCCGCACGCGCCUCCUGGCCGCAUCGAGCGGCAUGGACGAGUCAGAGGCCAAACACCUCAAUCAAUUCCACGAUCUGCUGGACCGUUGCCUCGCUCUCAACCCUGACAAAAGGAUCACUCCCGCGGAGGCGCUGAAGCACCCCUUCUUCCAUGAGAAAAUUGCGGCAACGACAUCGCGACGAUGA